CAUUGUUUAAUUAUUGGUCGUAUAAAAACUAAGAGAGCGGGUCUUAUCGGAAGGUUCCUCCGAUAUUUUUUUUAUAGGAACGAUGUGGGGUGCUUAUGUAGUCGUUUUAGUUUUGCAAUUUGUAAAUUUAGGACAAUGUGGUUAUCCCCCGAUCGGUGAUGAAGUGCAGGCAGGAAGCGUGCUUCUUCCGGCUUCCAGAAGAGGUCGUUACUUGGCUAAUAUCGUCAGAAGACAGGCUGUUGAUGGCACGGGGAUAAAAUUCAAUAAAGAUGCUGAUCGGAUGAACGCUGAAGCGAAGAAGAAAGUGGACGUGCUAUCUGAGGAGUUGCUCCCGUACAUCAUUGCGGAGCAGGAGAGACGGACCACGCUGUACAAGCGAGUGAUGACGGCCAUACAGAAUGGGGAGAAGGGAGUCACCAUCGCUGAGAUCAGGAGCAAACCGCCUGCGAUUAUCAGAAAAGGCCUGAUGUACCGUUGCCCAGAGAACCGGCUUCCAAAAGAGCCUGACGGUUCUGGAGUGAUCAUGUGUGAAGACAAUAUAGAGCCCUCACCCAUCAUGUUCGAGUCCUGCUUGUCUGCGGAGGAUAAAGAACUCUUUGUGGCUAAUAAUAAAUACUUCUUUUGCAAUCGCCACAAAGUGGAGGGUCCGGAUCUACCAAGGAACGGCAGCACGGUGAUCGGCUGCGCUCCAUGCGAGAGGACGCCCCUCAACUACACCAGUCGGCACUGUGCCCUGGAGGACACUGAUGACGUCGUGGUACACUACCGAUACUACCCUGAUAGAACGUAUAAGUUCGUGUCAGAACUGGACCCUGACCGGGAGGUGUGUGACCACUGGAACCCGUGCCAGAUCGGGUACAUCUUCAGUCUACCAGGACCCGACCAGGCCACGUCAGCCAGCGAAUUGUUUCAGGAUUACGAGGACAAUAAGAACGAGACAGCGUUCACCUCUCAGUCGUACACGACCAGUACGUCGCGUGUCGCCAUACCGCCCGGCCACGAGUUCCACGGCAUCGGGAAAUAUACUACCAGUUUAGCAGAGCGAAUAUCGGAAUUAGACAAGAUACUUGAUUGUUUUAAACGAUAA